UAUUUGUGAGACCGGCCUCAUUUUGUAAAAGUCCGAGCGACAGCUUUAUUGAAAGGAUUUUUGUUUGUGAGAUGGCGAACGGUACAAUGCUGUUGGUGGGAUUCUUCGUGGUGGCCUCAAGACUGCUGAUGAUCGGUGUUGCUGGUGCGCCGGCGCCCUUCUUUUGGUACGGAGAUCAAUACUACGAUGAUUCUUCCUCAUCCGAAGAAGAUGACAACGUCAAAUACGUGUAUGUUUAUGUCAACGUAACUUCUCCAGGAAGUAAUCUUUGUCAAGGAUGCUCACCAACGUCGAUGCCAGUUAAUAUUCCUUUAAUGGUUCAAGUAACUCCGACGGUGACUCCUGCAGGUGGUAAUGCUAAUGGUGCUACUCCUGCAGGUGGUAACGCUAAUGGUGUUCCUCCUGCAGGUGGUAACGCUAAUGGUGUUACUCCUGGUAAUGCAGGUGAUACUCCUGCUCCCCCUAUGGAUUCUUCUAUGGGAUAAAUUUGAAUUUCAUGUGUACUAUAAUAAUUUUGAUUAUGUUUGGAAUGAAUAUUUUAUAAUUUUAUAUUGUAUUGUUUUUAUAUAGAUUAUGUUAUUAAAACAAUUUUCAGUUUUAA